AUGUCAGAAUGUAUUUACAGAUUGUAAAAUGAGGAGUAAUUUGUUGAGGAACCAAAAAAACCCAGUCAAAAUCAAAAAAGGUAUAAAUCUUAGCAUCCAGGAAACCUCCCUCCUUCCUACUCUACUUUUAACACAAAAAAUACUACACUUAACAUUAAUAAUAUCAAUGGCAAUAAAAUACUUCAUAAAGGAUAUUUAAAGCAUCAUGCAUUGUGGGGAAAACCAAAAAACUUUGAAGUUACUGAUGAAUUGAUGUUCCCUCUUGGUCUCAUUAAACCUGACAAUUGUGCUCUCAAAAAACCAAAUAUUCCUAAUCAUUUUAAACAGAAGGUUGAUAUGGAUAAAUUCAAAGAGUUUUUAGAGACUAAACCUAAACGUCCUAAGUCUGCAGGACAGAAACCAAAAUAAAUUGAUUAUUUCAAAAAGGAUACUUUCGGCAAAGUUCCUGAAUACUUAGAAAAGAUGAAAAAUGAAAAACUAGAAAAAUAAAGAGAAGAAGAAGAGGAGAUCAGAAGGAAGAAGAAGGAGAAGGAUGAAUAGAAGGUUAAGAAGGGAGAUGUGUUCAAAAUAAUGUAACAGCUUCUCCAAAAGAAAGAGGAACUACUAAAAGAAUUUGCUCAAUAUAGUCACAAAAAAGAUAUGACUCAGUAAACAAAGCUUAAAAAGGAAGAAUUAGAAAAGAGAUUAAAUUAAAUGGAUGGAGACAUAAAAAAGUUGGAAAGACUUUACAAUCAUUGA